AUGCCCGCCCUUCCCCAUCCCGAUGAGGACUUUAUCAACAAAUCUCUUCUCGCCAUCGUCGAUGCCCAGGCAGACGCUGAGCCCGUCGACGACCAUCGUCAGUCCGACGCCGACGCCCCUCAGAUGUCCUUCUUUCCCCAGAGCAGCAAGCACUUCAGGAACUCCUUCACCUCUUUCCCCAACACUACCCGUCAUCGCCACUCUUUCUAUCCAGACGUCCAGUACGAUACCCGUGCCACCUACGACUACAAGAACUAUCUUCCAGAGCCCUACAAUCCCAAGCAGUUCCAGGGGCCUUUCCCAAACCAGGUCCAGCUUUCCUCUCAGACCCCAUACGGUCCCCAUGUCCCAGCCGCGCCCCAGUCGACUUCCGGCGCUGCCAUCACUCCCAAUGCUCCUCUCCCUAUUCAAUCUGCCACCAACCCAUCCGCUAAUGGUGAGGAGAUAUCUACUAUCUUUGUAGUUGGCUUUCCAGAGGACAUGCAGGAACGCGAGUUUCAGAACAUGUUCACUUUUAGUGCAGGUUUCGAGGCUGCCACUCUCAAGAUCCCCAACAAGGAGUAUACUGCCUAUGGAUCCCUCGUCCCAGGCCCCCAAGGUCCCACUCUCGCCAACGGAAUGGGCCUCCGUGCACCCACAGCUUUCCCAUAUCCUGGCCCCAACGAUCCGUACAACAUGGUCACCGUCAACCCGGCUGGCGUCGUUGUUGACGGUGGCAGAGACGGUGGCAUGUCCUCGUGGGGUGGUCCCCAAUCCGUUGACGAUCUGGCCAAUAGCCACUAUCUUGGCGCUGGACCGGGUGGUGCUGCUGCCCUCGGGUUGGGUCCCCUCGGCCUGGGCGCUACUGCCAUGACCGGUGGCACGAGCCUUACCUUACCCCCACGCAAGCAGAUAAUCGGCUUCGCCAAAUUCCGCACGCGCGACGAGGCACUUGCAGCUCGCGAUGUUCUCCAGGGACGCAGAGUAGAUAUCGAGAAGGGCGCAGUGCUCAAGGCGGAGAUGGCAAAGAAGAACUUGCAUACCAAGCGGGGAGUGGGCCCCGUUCCCGGGGCCGGUAUUGGUGUGCAGCCAGUCGUACAGCAGCAACAGUCACAGCAACAGCAGCAACACAUAAAUGGUCUCAGUGUUACCGGAAUGGACACUUUUAACAAUGACUCUGCUGGCUUUGGUGCUUCCUCCAACAGGGACAGUCUCUCUGGCCUCGCCCGUCUUGGAUGGCGUGACCAGGGUCAACUUGAUCCUGCCAACCCACUGCAAUCCAAUGGCGCCCAUGUUAAUGGACGCGAUGACGAAGAUCGCAAGCGCGAUAGCCUGCUUUCCAUGGGUCUUGGUGGCUUGUCGCUCGCAAGUAAUGCAAAUGCGACUGGCCAGCGUGGGCCUCGAGAGCGCGCCGAAGACGAAGAGUGGCGGAGGAAGGAGAAGGAACAGAAGGAGAUGAACCUUAUGCGUUUGCGCGCGAGCAACGCGGCGGCGUUUGAUGCGUUCCAUGGCGUCCCAGCGUCGGCUGCUACUAAUGCCACAAAUGCAAACGGCGCGCCUGGCAUGUCAAGGCAGAGUUCGACGGCAAGUACAUCCUCUGGCUCUGUUGUGGGCGGAGGACCAGCGAGUAGUAACAGUGGGCUUUGGACGGCAGCGCCUUCUGCAUCGACUGUACCGACGGAGAGUGUAGCAGCGUCUAGUCCGAUGUUGGCUGAUGCUGAAGCAGAAAAUCGGGAGGGCGACGAAGCAAAGCAACAACAGGCAGAAGACGAGGUAGUCGGCCCAUGGGACCGAUUCAAUAAGCCCACUAGCGCCAGUUACGCUGCUGUUGCUCGGCCUUCUUAUUCUACGAAUGGACAACACCAUCCCACCGAGUCUGAGAGGUCAACUUCGCCUACACCUUACCAGGAAAACACUCAGCAAUACCAGACCCCCGCCCAAUACCAACCACAAUUUUUGCAUUUGCAUGAACAACAGCAAGCAGCAGCGGCGGCAGCUGCUGCGGCGACCCAACAGCAUUUGUUUGACCAGCCGCAUCAGCAUCUAUACCAGAGUAUGUACUCCCAACAGCAGCACUUCCGAAGCUCGCAGAGCGAGUCGAGUGAAACAGGCAGCGUAGUGGGCGCGGAUUCGAGUCCGAGCACAAGUAAUAACCCCAAUAUGAACCCGAUAGGGUAUGUCGGGGCGCGACUGGGAUAUUCGACAGGCUUUGGCAAUGCUUCCACUUCGAGUGCUAGAGAGCCGGUCUCGGUAGCGCCGUCAGUAUCGUCGUCAUCUGGAGGGGCAUCCAUUGCGAAGAGCCCGAGUACGGGUUUUAACUUUGGGUCUAUGCUUCAUUCGACGAGGGGUAGUUUGAAUGGUGGAAGCGCUAGUGCUGUAUCACCGCCUCCUAUCGUUCCUUUGUCAUCUUCUGCUGGCGUUGACGCUUCUGUGACUGCCCCCACGUCCAUGUCUAUUCCUACUUCUGCCCAAAAUACCAACACCAGCGCUAAUGCCAGUGUAGCUGCCAAUGGCGUGAUUGGUGCCCCUGCGAUGAGCAGCGGAAGUAGCAGUAAUGGGGGCAGUGCAAGUGGUAGUGUAAAUGGCAGUGGAGGUAAUACGUCGCCACAACUCCCGUCACCUGCUGGCUCUGGUAUGUCAACAGGAUCUUCAUCCGCGCAGGCUCCAGGGUCGACGACACAUGUAAGAGGGACAGUGGACCAGAAUCCUCCUAUCAACACGUUGUACGUUGGAAAUUUGCCGACGUCGCCGCUUCCUCUCGGGUACUCGAAUGACUAUUUGGAGGAGACUCUUCGCGCGCUCUUCUCCGCAUGCGCUGGGUUCCGGAAACUUUGCUUUAGGCAGAAAGCGAACGGGCCGAUGUGUUUUAUUGAGUUUGUGGAUGUACAACAAGCCACAGAUGCGCUGAAAACGAUGUCGGGCAACACUCUUGGCGGCAUUGUCAAGAACGGGAUUCGGCUCUCAUUUAGCAAGAACCCACUGGGUGUGCGCACUCCUACUAGUGCAGGUGGUAAUAAUGGUGGUCCAACGUUGCAGCAGCAACAGCAAUUGGUGCAGACGCUGAGCAAUCAUAACCAUGGCAGUAAUAAUCAUAACGGCCAUCCCCUUCACCACCAUCAAUUCAACCACAACCAGCAGCAUCAACCCCAGCAGCAGCAGAUGGGCCCACCACCGCCUUCUGGCUCGAGUGAGACAUUCCAGGCAAGGCUGGGUGAAGAGUCACAACAGCAGCAGCCACCACAGCAACAUCGUCUCCCGCCCGGUAUCCUUCGCAGAGAUUCGACACUUUCACCAACAACGAUGUCGUCUUUAGCCCAGGCCCAGGCCCAGUCACCUUCAUACAUGAAUGGCAACGGUUCUGCCAAUAGCUUCUUCUCUUCUCCCCCUCCCCGAUUCUACACGACCUCACCGCCUGGUCUGAGCUUUGGCGGCGGUGGGUCGGGGUCAUCGUCGACGCCGCUGACAGGCGCCUCGAGCGCCUUUAUACCCCGCGCAGCUCAGAGUGCGACGGCGGCAGCUGGAGCUGGAGCUGGAGGGUUUUCGCCAUUUGGAAUUACGUCGUUCGCUGCCGCUGCCGCUGUGGGCAGUAGUGUGUUUGUGCCGCAGCAGCAGCAACAACAAAUGCCGCAUCUGCCGCAGCUCUCGAUACCCGGUGAUCAACACCAGCCGGAUAGUUGA